AUGGGUUCCAACCACCCCGACUCCCAGCUCUAUCCCCACGCCACAGGCGCAGCAGCAAAAAUGGUCUCCGAGCACUCUUCCGAACAAUCCCUCAAACUCUACUCAGGCUGGUUCUGCCCCUUCGUCCAACGCGUCCUCCUCGUCCUCCUCGAAAAAUCCAUCCCCUUCCAAUACAUAGAAGUAAACCCCUACCUCAAGCCCGCCUCCCUGCUCUCCCUGAACCCCCGCGGUCUCGUCCCCACACUCCAAUACGCCAACAAGCCCCUCUACGAAUCAACCGUCAUCUGCGAGUUCCUCGAAGAAGCGUAUCCGUCCUCGUCCCCCAAACUGCUGCCGCAAGACCCGUAUGAACGGGCAUAUGGCAGGAUCUGGAGCGAUUUCGUCACGUCGCGGAUAAUUCCUGCUUUUCAUCGAGCGUUGCAGUAUCAGGUUACUGGGGAGGGGAAUAGUGAGGCGGGGUUCGGGGAGGUUAAGGGGGAGUUUGUUUCGAAGAUUAGGGAGUUUACGGAGGCUAUGUCUUCUUCUUCCGGACCGUUCUUUUUUGGGGAGGAGAUCUCGAUGGUAGAUCUCAUUCUCGCGCCGUGGGCUGUGCGAUUGUGGGUGUUUGAGCAUUUCAAGGGGGGACUUGAGUUGGGAGGUGAGAAGUGGACGGAGAGGUGGGGAGCGUGGUUGAAGGCUGUGGAGGAGAGGGAGAGUGUGAAGGCGACGACGAGUGAGAGGGAGCAUUAUUUGCCGAUUUAUCAGAGGUAUGCGGAUGAUACGGCGCAGAGUGAGUUGGCGAAGGCUACGAGGAAGGGUCGAGGUGUGCCAUGA